UUUUACUGUGUAAGAAAGACUGGACGUUAUUCCAAGGAAUGUGUUACAUUGUGGGUAACAAAACAUCUCACGACUAUCUAACAUGGCCGGAAGCUGAGAAAAAAUGCCAACGUAUUGGCAACAAUGGACAUCUCGUUAGCAUCCAUAGUCAAAGUCAACAGAACUUUAUUCGGUCUCUUCAGAGGUAAGUUUGUUUUUGUUACCCACCUUCAAAUCAUUAUAUUCAAGCGCAAUAACUUGUUGAUCGCGAUCGUUUCAACAUGUAGGUAUGGGUAUUAGGAUGGUUUCGAAUCCAAUUUGGAUAAGACAUGCGCGAGUGAGAUUUUCAAAGAGCAUCAAAAUAGCAUGAGUCCGAAGGACGAGUGCUUUUUAAGGUCUUUUAAAAUCUCUCGGGCGCUUCUUUUAUCCAAAUUUCACGAGAAACCGUCCUAUUACGUUCUAAUAAUAUACAUAAAAAUGUUCGAGACAAUUGUAGUUUUAACUUACGUUUAUAGCGAACCGUCCACAGGCAAAGUUUUCCUGGCUUUGUUAUAUCACAUUAUACAACGGUAACAGCUUGAAAAUUCCACUCAACUAUGUAAGUUUCAAGACUGUCGGAAGCGGAGGGGCUGGAAUGAAUGAACGCCGGAAUGAAUGAAUGGCUGGUGCAUAUAUUAUACACGUCCUAAAAGACCUUUAUAAAAAGGUUGACGUCAGCAGUUAAACAAUAACUUCAACUCUUUGUAGCUAUAAUCGUACAGCUAUAACCAGUGGCGUAGCCAAACCUUAAUUUUGCAGGGGGGCGAACAUCACGCCGAAGGCGUGAGACCGUCUAGGAGGGGCCGGGGUCCGGAAAAUUUUGAAAUCUAGGGCUCCUGAAUUGCGAUUUCAUGCAUUUUGGGGGUGAAAUCCAUAAGAUAUCUAUGGUGAAAUAUAGCAGAAUUCCGAAGAUUAUAAUAUCCAUCGAAGACAUGAAUUUUUCCAGACAUUUCUACACGAAAUUAAAUAAUUGGAAAAGUCACCUUGAAAAAUAGGAGGAGGGGUCAGUGUCACCUUAUUUCCUCCCUAUGAUGCUGGGGGAGGGGGAAUCCCAAUGUGAUUUUGAUCAGAAAUGUUGCAUUUAAAUCAUUUUAGGUUCUAUGAGACACUAUUUCCGCAUUCUCAAAAUUGCGUCGCUUUUUCAUACGAUACAGAAUAAGUCUGAGAAGAAAUAUUCAUGCUAUGAUGAUGCAUACAUGUAUUUAACAGUUAAAAAUCUAAACUAAAUCUACUCUUCUUGGAACCAUAUCUACAACUGCUUUAACGAGAUUUCACAAAUUAAGUUCCUCCAGUAUACCGUCUUUUUCCUCAGUCGAGACGUACUUAAUCAGUUUCAGCUUCGAGAAUGUAACGUGUACACCCCCCCCCAAAAAAAAAAAAAUUCUCUACGGAUUUUGCCUUUCUGAGAGAAUGGGUUUUUGGGGCGAUUGGGGGGGGGCUGUUAAUAUAACUUGAUAUUUUUUAAGAAAACAAUUUUGCAAUAAAACCUCCCAAAACAAAACACAACGCCUCUACGGAGGAGAGUGCUAGGAAAUAGUCGCAAGGCUUGGAAAGGCUAGCAUUUUAUCGGAUUGUUUGCAUGAAAUCUAUCGCUAUUAUGAAAUACUCGGUGAAGAACAAUAUGAAUUACACACAAGAUGGCUGUGGAGGAGGCUAUGGAAGGGCAUAAUCUCAUUAUCAAGUAAAUCAACUGCAAUUCUGACAGCAAUCAUGAGCAAUUCUGCUUCGCACAUCGGGGGCAGAAAUGGCUUUACUGGGGGGCAAAUUCUUUCCCUCAGGGAGAGCAAUUGCCCCCCCCCAGAUAUAUAGUUAAAAUAGGCACUGACUAUAUCGAUAAAAAUAAUAGACUUAUCAGUAAUACGAGUUACUGUGUACAAGAUGUCCUCAGACUCACAGUCUAAGUUCACUUAUGUAUUUUUUGUACCAUCACUGAGCCUGUGUAUUGCUGUCUACAGCUUGAUUGGGGCCAUUCUGAUGAUUAAACUGAUGAAUUUGAGAAACAGAAAAGAAAAAUGAUACUUUUAGCAACGAAGUAUGUAAACAAACCAAGCGAACAAUUUGCUAAAUGUUGACAAUAAAAGAAUGUACAAUCUAAUAUAUAAACAAAUCAAAUUUAAACUACGACGAAUAUGAAAACACAUUUGGCCUAUAUAUAGAAAAAAUUACUUCAAACUUACCAUAAUACUGGCUUAUUUUGGCUUUUAUAAAACUCAAAACAAGUAAACAACUCUGAGCUUUCGGGAUUUUCUGCGCAAACUACGUCACAAGCCUGCUGACUUCAACCUUUUUAUAAAGGUCUAUUACGCAUUCAGUAUAAACUUUUUAUUUAAUUGACCGGGAAAAUGAAGACAAGCUUUUGUUAUUUCUCAUUCAAUUUUUAACCAAAAUCAACCAAAUUUUAAUCACUUCUUCCUUAGCCAAUGAGAAAUGCGUUUGAAAAAUUUCGUAUGGAUAUGUUUGGUAUUUCUUGAGUUAUCGUGCUCACAGACAUACACAAACACACACACACACGCACGCACACACACACACACACACACACACAUGCAAACCCAGAUGAUUACAUAACCUCCUGGCGGAGGUAACUAGAAAUGUGUGAAAGCGAUUCAGAUUUAUUCAGAUUUAUUCUUCAGCCCCACCCCCACCACACCCAAUAUUGAUUUACUUUCUACGGCUCCGAGUUUUGUUAGUCUUGUGUAAGGUAAAAGCUUUUCCAUUUUAAAAAAUCUAAAAGUCAGAUUUUCCAAUCAAAGUCAACUUUUACUUUAUGUAGCGCGGCGCCAUGUUUGUUUUGUUUUGAAGCAAUCUGUGAGUCUGUGACCGUUACUUGAUAACUGCUUUAAACUGAUUGGUUGAUUUUAUCAUCACAUUGUUUUCCACCAAUCAGAUCAGUUUGGUCGAUAUAGACUUUUGCAAGGUGAUAACAGAAAAUUGCACUGUGAUUACAGAAAAUUGCACUGUGAUUUCAGAAAAUUACACUGCUGUUUUGUGUUAAUUGCACUGAAAUCUAGUUUGAAGUUUUGUUAUGUUUUGUAGGGGUUGGGUAAAAAGAACUCGAAACAUAAUAAAAAUCUUGUUGUGUAAAUUUAUGCUCUAUUUGUGGUAUACAUUUUCAAUAAACGUAUUUUACAUGUUCUAUAACAUACUUUAAACUAGAAAUACAUGCAUGCAGUAACCCCUCGCCAAUAUUUUCCAAACAUUAUAUUAACAUGAAUUAUUUCGAAAUGACCAACAAUGAACGCAGGCUCGCGCUCAAGUGUUGCCAUGACAACACGACUAUUCUUAAAUUUUUAAUUUUUUCAUAUUUUUUGUACAAAAGUGGAGAAUAGUUGAAAGAUUCGUACUUUUAAUUAUAUAACAAUAAAUUUCCGAAAUAUAUACUGUGAGUAUUAUAUUUUGCAUUUUGUGAGCUUUGAUUUAAUUGUAAAAUUUAACUUGAAACGCUUGAAUGUUUUGAAAUGUUUAUUCAACUAAACUACAUUUUACCGUUUUUAAACUGUUUUCACUUAAUAAAACAUAAUAAGUUCAGUGGCGUAGCCGGCCCGACAACUUGUCCCGCUAUGCAAAUUCAAAAUUAUUAUCAUUAUUCAUUUCUUUUGAAAUUGAUUGUUUUCACAGUCAUGAAUACGAGAAUAUUUGCAUAGCUGGACUAAAUCGUCUGACUGGAUAGGCUGCUGAAUAAUUUUAACACAAAUAAAACAAAUUGUUAGGUAAUUUCAGUUCAGUCUUCAAAUCAAUUUGUUUGCCUUUACAUUUUAAGAUUUUUUCUCAAAUUAAACGGUAAUUUAUGAAGCUUAGAGCUCCAUUGAAAAGGAAAACAGUUCAUGUUUUUAGGCAAAAAGUUAAAGCAACAAAAUUCGUAAACAUUAAAUAUUCAAAGAAUAUUUGCCGUAUUUUUCACGAUUUCCCAUGGUAAAUCAAUUCUUCUCAUUUCUUGAAACAAAAUAGCUUCAAGCUUGUUGUAUUCGAAACGAUUUUCCAAAUAUAUUUCUUUUAAAAUUGAAAUCUUGCUUAUCCCACUCCUACAAGCAAUCAGCCAUACUUUUUAGAUCAGUGAGGAUGACCACCCCCUCAAGAUCGUUGGUCACGCCCGCGAUUAUUGAUGAACUUUAGACUUGGCUAAUGCUUUCGUUUUCCCGGGUAUAAAUAGCCGAAGGGAAUUAGUACGCUCGCACGGCGCUUCGCGCCGUCGGCUCGGGGAUUAGGCACUCUCUUAUUUAAUAAAAAUUUAUCUAGUGAAUUUCCAUAAUACAAUAGAGAAACAUGAUGGUAUAUCCAAAGUCCAAAACAACCGUGAAGCACAUUCCACAAUGAUUGUAUAAAUCUGUAUCUAUCCGCACUACUGUAUACACAAACUGAAAGACAUACACACAUUUGUGUACGCCACAAGUCCACAACACCCUUGACAGCACCAGGGAAUAUUACAUUGGCAAGGUCCCUCGCCUUGGCACAUCGCCACACAAAUGAAUAAACUAAAAGUACAUCUUGACUCCUUGUAUAAAUAUAAAGGCAAUCAGUGGGCUAUUAGAAAGGCAAUUUCAUGAAAUCAUAUUGGUUUCAAUACCUCUAUUUCGAACACUAAACAGCAAAUCUAAGUCGCGUUCUCGAAUCGCGUCCGGUGUGUUUGGACCUUGAACAAGGUGCGCGAAAUAGUUAAAUCGCGCGAAUUUAAAGCAAAGCGAAAAUGAAUACGACGCGAUUAUUGUUUUAAUGGCACCUUCAAGGCCACCCCUAUCGGAGAACAACUGAACAAUCUGCUGACGAGGAGACAAAAUCUAUUUGUUGACAUUUGCCUUGGCACAUCGCCACACAAAUAAAUAAACUAAAAGUACAUCUUGACACCUUGUACAAAUAUAAACACAAUCAGUGGGCUAUUAGAACUGCAAAUUCAUGAAAUUAUAUUGGUUUCAAUACCUCUAUAUCGAACACUAAACAGCAAAUCUAAAUAUACAUGCCCUCAUGUAUAUCACCAGAAAGAAAUAAAGCUAUCCUUACCGGAAAUAUUCAAAAUAUUGUUGAUCGUUUGCAUCGUGAAAAUCCAACAUACUGCAUGUAAAUAACCUCGUAUUAUUAAAACUGUAAUCCUGAAAAGAAUCAUGCGAGAGCAAUCCAAUCCAACAUACUGCAUGAAAAUAACCUCGUAUUAAACUGAAAUCAUGAGAAGAAUCAUGCGAGCGCAAUACAAAAUAAAUCAAAUCGAAUCAAAUCGAAUAAAAACAAAGAGUCGUCGAAUCUAAAGGAGAUCAGUGGGCUAUUAGAACAGUGGCGCCACCAGUUCGAUAAUAUGGGGGCGAAUAUCCAUAUCUUCGUCUUCUGCAUUAUUAACCUCUUUUGAAAUCGAUUGUUUUUAUGGUCUUUGAACACAAAUAUGUGAAUAUUCGACCCCUCCCCCCAAUUAUCGAGCUGGCGGCGCCACUGUAUUAGAACUGCAAAUUCAUGAAAUCAUAUUGGUUUCAAAUAUACCUCUAUAUCGAACACUAAAGAACAAAUCUAACUAUAAAUGCCCUCAUGUGCAUCACCAGAAAGAAACAAAGCUAUCCUUACCUGAAUUAUAGAAAAUAUUGUCGAUCCUUUGCAUCGCGAAAAUAAACAUAGUAAUAUACGGCAUGUAAAUAAGCUCGUAUUAAACUGUAAUCCUGAAAAGAAUCAUGCGAGCGCAAUACAAAUCAAAAUAAAAUAAAAACAAAGAGUCGUCGAAUGCCCGAGCUGACGGCAAUUUCCGAAAAAUCUUGGCAUCCGACCGACUGACAUGGAUUCAGAACUGUUUCCCCAAUAUAACUGGGCCGGUGACCGGGCACGAGAAAGUAAGAACGUUGUGUAACGACAAGAAUAGGGAGCUAAUUAAUAUUCAGCAAUUAUGUCAACAAACGAAACGAUGAGAAGGACAUUGUCUUCUCUAUUUCGUCUAAUCGGUAAAAUUUGUUGUUCGAAAGAGUUAUUUAUGAAACUGGCGCAUAAGAUGCCUUCGAUGUCCGUCAUGUUUGGCUCGAAAUUUUUAGCUGGAGUCAGCCUUCCAUGUUAUAUUUUUUAAAGAUCGGUUAUAUUGUCUAGUGCUUGGCAAUCUUGAAUUAAGCCCGGUUGCAAGGCAAAGUGAGUCAAAAUAAUAAUUUUCUUGCGACAAAAUCGGCCGCCAUGUUGAUUUUUGCGGACUCUCUAUAAAUGUAGCUUAACAGUAUGAUUUAUGAUCGAUAAACUUUCCGAUCGGUAGAAUUAAACAGUAUUACUUAAAAAGCCCUUGUUAUGUGUUGUUGAUUUAGUUGUUCUUAUUUGUUUCUUAAUAAUCUAUGAUGGCUUGUUUUGAAAAAUUAGAUUUGUCGUUUGGAAUGAAACUAGACUGCUAAUGUAAAGCAACGAAAAGAAUUACAAAGUAAUUAAGUUAGUUGACCAGUGAAAUAAAACGAGUCAAAAUGUCCAUUGUAAUACAACACAAAACAAUAAUUACUCCGCCAAAAUUGUAAACAUUUUCAUUCUUUACGUUUCGAUUAUUAAUUAAGUCGUAUUCAGAUGAAUGGAAAAAAGGUGUAAGCGUCUCAUUUCUUUAACUUAGGCGUCGCGAGAGUAUUCCUAUGUGGAUUGGUUUGAAUGAUCUUGGCACUGAAGCUAACUAUAAAUGGACUGAUGAGUCAACUUAUAAUUACUCUAACUGGGCCUCUGGACAACCCGACAACUAUUUUCGAAAAGAAGAUUGCAUCCACCUGGUGGUGGGGACUGGAACGUGGAAUGACAAUAAUUGUCAUGAGAACAAAUAUUCGUAUAUCUGCAAGGCAUAUAACGGUAUGUGCAUAUACGCUCCCCUUUUUAUAUUUAAAAUUUUACAUAUUAUUUGACAAUUGUGUUAAAAUACACAUCUCUUAUGCGAAAAUCAGUCUCAGGGAAAGAGUGAAAUCGACAGUACAGAAAUGAUAUUUGCAAAAAUAAAAACAUGGGUAUGUCCACACUAUUUCCAAACAUGAACGGUGUUUCCCAUGUGUAGGUAAUGCAAGUACAGUGGCGCCGUGGCCGGGG